GCUCGUGCAGCUCGUCGGAUUCAUUUAACACGUCAAUUUUGGGUUGGAUAAUACACUCUUCACAAAUAAUCCCGUCCGCUCCGGUUAUCAAUCAGCAAAUUCGCACUCACACUCACUAAAUUCCCGGGUCUAUCACAAAAUAGUCGACGUAAACAUCCAAAAAACCUUAAUAUCGAUAGAAAUUCCGUUACGGCCCGGGCCAUUCUUCAAAUUAAAUCAUUCACUGUUCAAUUGCACUUCAAAUUCUGUAACAACAGGUUGACUAUUCGCUGCGAAAAUGCCAGGCUUAGUUCCAGGUAACUCGGAUCUUCCGACGAUUCCCGUGAAUGGGGAAAAGGUCGAGGCAGCAUUAUCGGAUAUAAUGGAGGUGAGCACAGAGAGCAGUUCAGAAGUUCGCCGAGACAAUCCUCAAGUGGAACUUCAAACGAAUGUAACCAACGUCAGCAUUGGUACACAAACGAACAGCACUGGCGAUUCACCUUCACUCCUUGAAGCAAUGGAUUCAAUUAACCAACUGCUACGAUCUGAAUUCGAUGAAUUCAAUCGAACCCUGAUCCAAUACUGCACACGCACCCAACGUUCGCUCAAUCACAUACGAGAGCGUAUCGAUACAUUCCUGAGACAGCAAAGGCCAUCACUCCAGCGAAGCACAGGCACGAGAUCAUCGAGAUUGCCAAUUCAACGCUCCCAGUAUCAUCUGCGUCCAGUGGGCCACAGGGCAUCAACUUCACGGGCCCAGCGUUCAGCCGCCCAAAGGCCUGGCCCACCACGAUCUGCCUCUCUGGGAAUUGCAGGUCAGAGAUCGAGUGUCAUCCAUCGCAGAUCAGCCCGUUCAUUGCCCCACGCUCGUGACACUACAGGAUUCAGUCGUAAUGGUCGCACUGGCACCUCCAGAGCCACUCCAUUCAACCUUCGAAAUGCCCCUUCCCUGUGAGUGUCUCAUCCUCAAAAUUCUGUGAAAAAUCAGGUAUUUCUAAGAAUAAUAUAAUUAGUUCCCAUAAAAUGUUAGAAUAUGUUGACCCUUUCUGCCAUGUCACUGAGGAUUUGACGAUAUGGAAUACCACUCAAGCCUCAAAUAUUUCCCGAAUCUAUAUGAUUACUUGAAGGUCUUGAAUACCCAUUUUGUGCCAUACAAGUACGGUUUAUUCUUUAUAAGUUCGAAUUUAUGACUGUACUAGCCUUUUUAUCUUCCAUUAAAUAUAUUAUUUUAUUGUCAUCGCUGAACGACGCCGUUUCCCUUCAAUAUCACACCCCAACUGAAACCCUUUAGAACAAUACUAUUCAUAUGUAUCUUCAAGUUUGUGAAAAAAGAAUAAAGAGUCAAAUGU